UAAGGCAGUGGACGCAAAGAUCCCUGUACAGCAUCUCAGAGGCUUCUGCAACGUGACCACCUUCAUCAUGGAAAACAAAAGGGCGUUCUUUGACAUAACAGCAGAUGAGAUUCCCCUUGGCCGUAUAGUGAUGGAGCUCCGGUUUGAUGUAGUGCCCAAGACUGCAGAGAACUUUCUGAAGCUAUGUACUGGGGAAGUCGGAUAUGGCUACAAGGGCUGCACUUUCCACCGUAUCAUCCCAAGCUUUAUGUGCCAGGGUGGUGACUUCACCAAUCACAAUGGGACUGGCGGUAAAUCAAUAUACGGUGGUAAGUUUGAAGAUGAAAAUUUCAUUUUGAAGCACAGUACCCCAGGUGUCCUCGCCAUGGCCAACGCGGGGCCCAACAGCAAUGGUUCUCAGUUCUUUAUAUCAACCAUCAAGGCUGAUUGGCUGAAUGGGAAACACGUGGUGUUUGGUAAUGUAGUGGAAGGAAUGGAAGUCGUGAAAAAGAUGGAAAGUUAUGGCUCCAACAGUGGGAAGACCAGCAAGAAGAUUGUGAUCGAUGAUUGUGGAGUCCUAGAGGACACACCUUCUGCUUGACAAUGACACGCAAAUGAAACACUAUAUCCUGUGACCUGAACAAAUACCAUCAUCAUAGUCAAUGCAGACAAGCUGACUUCAGUGACGACAUGUGUUUAUUUUUUGUCAACUACAAAGUCUCAGUAUAUAUAAUAGCAUUAUUUAUUGACACAGUGUGUGACCAGAUCAUUUCAGCAGCUUGCCUGCGCAUUUUGCAUACUACUGAAAUAGUCCAUUAUACCCAAUAGUUGAAAUCGAUGGAUUCUGACUAAUGGCUGGUUUAUUACAUGUAGUUCUCUCUCUCUCAACUGCCUUUGAUGUUUUCCUACCCUCUGCUGGAGCACACUUUGCAAAUCAACUGUUUACACCUGGGAAAGCACACUCAGGAUUCUUACAUCAAUUGAAUGUUUGUAUCAUGUUUAAACUUAUACUUAAAAAUAAAAUAUGAUGGAAA